AUGACAACAAUGAUGACGAGGUCGCUCUGCUUCUCGCUCUGCCUCCUGCUCGGCCUUGUGAGUAAGCCUGCGCUCACCUUAACGCUGCAGGUCAACAAAUGCAGCAUUAGCGUCCACAUGCCAGAACUGCGCAGAUAUUACUCCGAAAUACGAUCAAAAGCGAUUAUAGAAGACACUGAGAUUGGAGUGAGGAUUCUGAGCAGAACAGCAAUGAAAGAUGUUCAGGAUGAUCAGGCAUGCUGUUUCCUGCGCCUGCUCCUGCGCUUCUAUGUGGAGAGAGUGUUCCGCAACUUUGCCUCCGAUCAGCCACAGGAGCAACGUAGUUCCAGCGCCCUGGCCAAUGCUUUUGUCACCAUGAGACGGAAUAUAAACAGAUGUCAUUGUCUCUGCAACGAGGACACGCACAUAGCAAUCGACUCUCUAGAGACGGAAUUUGACAAGCUGUCCACCGACAAGGCAGCGAUGAAGGCCGUAGCAGAGCUGGAUACGUUACUGGACUGGCUAGAUAAAGUGGGCCAGGCGACAGCAACUGAAACAGCCCUAUAA